AUGAAGGAGGACAGCUGUAUCGCAGAGGUCAGUGUAGUUCGCUAAUGUACAUUAAAUGUAAACUAGAAUUUCAGACAAAGCAUGUCUUGAUUAAAAGCACGUUUGGUGCAUGCAUGAAUCCCUAUACAAACUACACAAUAAAGGAUUGCUAUAUUAUUAGUAUUUUCUAGCUAAUGACUAAUAUAUUUUGACGAAAUAUCUUCUGAUCAAUAUGAUUUAAUAUAAAUCAAAAUGUUUUCAAUACAUCUUACAAUAGAGUCACGUGGAAUGUUUAUAAAAGUAGGUACGCAAAGCGUACAAGCAUCAGGGGCAACAUUAAUCUUUUGAUUGUUGUUCUCGUUACGUUGUUGAGUAUUAUUAUUUUGUUGAUGUUCCAGUUGUUGGUCAUGUUGUUCGAUUGUAGUGGUGUUAUUCCACUGGUGGUGUAGUUUUAGUUAUAUUUAUAUAUUAAAGAAAUAAUUUUGUAAUACAAAUAAUAAAAAGAAAAUAAUAAGAGGAGAAGUUGAAAUUUAAUGAAAUUCUGGCAGCUUAAUAAUUAAGUGGUCUUCCGGAAAAGAAGAAAUAUAAUUAAUAACAAGACAUCACUUGUUUAUAGGAUCUGGACUACCGACAAAAUUUCCAAGAAUUAUUUGAAAACGCGACAACCAUAAUUGAACGCCUUGAUCAACCAAAUGAUUCAACCAUUCCUGAAAAUCCUGUCGAAAACCAUGAAGGAAAAUUUGCAGAUCUGGCCAUGCGAGUAUUACAUGUCCAAAAAUUUUUUCCAAAAUCACAUAACGACGAUCCAUUCCUUAAGAAAUACUCCAACCUGCCUGGUAAGGAUGACCACUUAAAAGAAGAAGAGGGUGUCAAAAUAUCAUCAAGCACUGCAGAUGUGGGAUCAAAAGAUAUCACGACAAUCGUGAAGAAACAAUCCGGAUUCAUAAAUGUAGAUCCUUUUGACACCAGGUACCUCAUGUGGCUGUUUAUAGUCUCUAUAGGCGUUGGUUACAACUACUGGACUAUUAUUUUACGUAUUUCAUUUGUUGAAGGAAUGGAUAGACACUAUAGAGGCCUUUUUGUCUUAGAUUAUAUCAUAGACUUGAUAUUUUUAUUGGAUAUUUAUAUGCAAUCCCGAACAGGAUAUAUGGAAAACGGUGAAUUAGUUAUUGAUAUUUUAAAAACAAGAUACCACUACAUGAAAACAUUCGGUUUUUGGCUUGAUUGUCUGAGUGUCAUGCCGCUAGAUUUACUUUAUUUCAUCUUUGGAGUAAAUCCAGUAUUUCGGUUAGCAAGACUAUUCAAGCUUCAUCGUUUCUUGUCGUUUUAUGAACGAAUACAAGUGGUUACCAAUCGUCCUAACCUGUUCAAUCUCGCUAUGUUGGUACAUCACGUGUUCUUGAUUAUCCAUUGGGUUGCCUGUGCUUAUUUCUUGGUGUCCAAAAGUAUGGGUUAUGGAUCUGAACCAUGGGUAUAUCCAGUACUCGAGGGAGAAUGGGCCGAGGUAAGGUCAUAAAAUGUUAUUCUUAACAAUAGACCUUACCGAUUAUUCUCUUUUACCCAAUGGCCUCGUUUUCAUGUCAAAUACUUACUCAUGUUUUGUGCUUAGUACACUCUUAAAAAUAGGUGUGCUACAAAACACACAAAAACGUGUUAUAUAGCAUGUUAGGUGUGUUAUACAACACAUUUUACUCUUACGAUUUCGACGUAACACACCUUUGUGAGUUAAAUAACACACAGAGUGCGUUAUAUAACACACAGUGUGCAGUGCUUAAUACACAGCGAUGGAGGUGAAUGUGUUAGAUAACAGACUUUCAGAAAAACACACCUUUUCUACCGUGUUACUUAGUUGUUAACACUCACAAGUGUGUUUAUUAACCCAAGUUUGAAGAUAAACACACUUUAAUAAAAAAACACACUGCACAGAAGAAUAUAGGGUUGAAAAUUACUUUGUUAUUGAGUCUAAGAACAGCAAGAAACAAAUUCGUCCAGGAAAACAUGGGAAUAUAAUCUUUAUCUGCCUUCGACAUGCUAAAAUAUGUUAAUUAACAUGGAAACGAGGCCUUAGGGUAAAAGAGAAUAAUAGGUAAGGUCUAUUGCUAGCAAAUACAUUAGUCAACUAAGAAAGUUGUAAAUCCUUUCAGUAAUUUCAAGAAAAGGAACAAUUUCUGGUAGAAUUACAAAUUAAGCUUUCCAUCACAUGCGUCUGAUACCACUUUCGGCAUUCUUUUAUGAAAUUUUUCAAAUAGACCCAAAUGUGGUUGUGUAAAGUCGAAUCGAAAUUGCUUCAUUUUAAAGUGCGGGUUACGAAAUCAAGACUAACAACCGUUAUACGGGUGCAAAUAUAUAAGUGCAUGUGUUUUGAUUAAAAAAUUUCAGUGCUCAAUAACAUAAAAAUAGAGUAAAUUUGUAUAGAUUGGCUUACCUCAAAAGCAUAACGUCAGUUCAUUUUCAUGCUAGCUAGCGUAAUAUCAUGUAUCAGGCGAUUUUAUCUUUAAAAAGUUCAAUAUCUAAAACUUUCGGUUUUUGUAGAAGCUUAUCCAACAUAUUAUUUCUAGCGGUGCUGGGGUAAGAGGAAAUGAGAGCGGGAAAAAAUACAUUUCGAUUUCAUUCUCUCCUCGGUUUAUCUUUCAACUUCUGACAUCAUUCUACAUAUUUUCCCUACAGAUUACCCGGCAAUAUCUUUACUGCUUUUACUUAUCCAGUAUCACAAUGACAAUCGUUGGAAAUUUACCAAGUCCUAACACCCCGCAGACAAUGUUGUUUGUGACUGUUAUGUAUUUGGCUGGUGUUCUUGUCUUUGCACUGAUUGUUGGUAAUGCAUGUGAUAUGAUAACGAGCAUGACCAUGGAAAGAUGUGAGAUUCAUACAAAGGUUUGUUGUUAAAACCAGGCUCUAUACUGAAAUUAUAUACUAAUCUGGUAUUGGUGGUGUGCCACAAGCGUAUAAGGCCUGUUCCAAAUUUGACAAUUUUACCCUGCCGCGAGGAGUCCUUAUUCCAAAGCUAGCCAUGCCAGCUUUUCGACAAGGAAAAUUUGUUCGUGUGUACGGUCGCCAAGGAAAACGUGACGAGUGCUCAAACUACAAAAAAACUUCUAUGGUUUUGGCAAACAAAAGAUGUGAGAUAAACCAGGGAUGUUUAACAACAUUCCGUGCAAUUCCGUGCAUAGGAACAACAAAACUUGUCAAGGGAAACUUUGUUGACCAUACCAUAGAAAGUAAACUUGUCAAGGACACUUGUCAAGAUGGGGCGGAAAUGAUGAAAACACGUUUGAGCUCACUUGCAUUAAGGCGGAUUUCCAGUCCUCGCACGAAGCUCCUCGCAGCUCGCUGCGAGUGCUUGCAUCUAAUUAAAAUUAACUGUUUAGCAUUGUGAUUGGAUGAAAGUGCUCAUGCAUGCACUCGCAGCGAGCUGCUCCUGGAAAUCCGCCUUUAGGUUCGGCACAUGAAAAGUUCGACGUCUGAAAUAGGCCUUACCUUGGACAGCGGUAGAUUGUUUGGUAACCUGGGUUUAAAAUUUUAUCCAACAACUAUCCAACAUCGUCCAAAAGUUGUUGAACCAACAAUAGUGGACGAUGGUGGACUCGUUUGAAUGGCGCUUAUGGAUGACGAGCAUAAGUUUCAAUCAAUCUCGUUCCCCGAGCCUGCGAUCCUCGGGAAGGAAUCGAAGGCUCUGGGAUAAUCCGUUACCGGAAGCCAAGAAUCCUGGCUAAGAUUGAACUACGCAUUUCAUUUCAAUGGCCAAUCAGAUUCCUCCCUGAAACGGAUUAUCCCAGAGCCUCGCGUUCCUUCCCGAGGAUCGCAGGCUCGGGGAACGAGAUUGAAGUUUCAAUAGGCUCAGCCAUCAGAUUAAAUCACGUUAGAAGCUCUUGACAAGAACAUGAAAGUUUCACGUGUAAUUAGAUAUUUAUUCCUGCUUUUCUAUGCCAUUGUUCAUUCUCAGAUUCCCACUAAUUCAUUGCUUCUUGAUUCAGCUAAAUGAGAUCAAACUGUACAUGCACGCCCACAAUGUUCCAGAACAGUUACAAAAACGUGUGAUAAAAUGGUUUGAUUACCUUUGGAUGGAGAAAAAUGACUUGCACGAUGAAGAUACAUUCAAGUGGUUACCAGAGAAAUGCAAGGCUGACCUUCUGCUUCAUGUUAACCUGGACACACUAAAGAAGGUAAGAACGUUUGAACAAAAUAACUUUAGGGGAGCUUAGGGGUUGCGUAUAUGGAUAGCUUAUUGUUUUUUUCCCUUUUUUCCAUUGCCCAUCAUUCAUGAGGUAAUCGAUUAGAAAUGGGGCCAAGUUGUUAAAUAAAAAAUCAGUUUCGUAAUAAAACUAAGGCAAUGAGUGUUAACGAUUCUUCCUGGUUAAGACACUAGUCUAUCACCAUUCACCUCUCUAACCUCAAAAGCAAUUGCUACUCAUGAAAAUUCAUGGCUAGUAUUGGCUUAAGCUGAAUAAACACAGAGAACACUCUACCAACACGAUAUAGAGUGUAAUUAUCUUGCAACAUUUAAAAUUUUUGCAACCGCUUUCUGAAUCUGCAGGUGGCAAUAUUUGAAGACUGUGAGCCAUCACUGCUACGUGAUCUUGUCAUUCGAUUACAGUUGACGCAAUGUUGCCCUGGAGACAAGGUAUGCCAGAAAGGGGAAGUGGGAAAUGAGAUGUAUAUCGUGAAUAAAGGAUUACUUCAGGUGGAGGUUGAUGGUCAUAUUGUUACUACUCUAUCUGCUGGAAAUCAUUUCGGAGAAAUCAGUAUUCUUGAUAUUGAAGGUGUCGGAAAUCGACGAACAGCAUCCAUACAUUCGCUUGGAUUUUCACAGCUUUUUAAGCUCAGCAAAAUUGAUCUUCAAGAGGUUAGUACUUCUCAUUGUUUGCGAAUUAAGAUGAAUAGUCUACAGCUGAAAACAGUGCAUCUCUCUAGUGCAUCUAGAUUUUAAUCUGACCAGUCAAUUGACAAUUAUUGAAUGAGGUUGAGCAGAAUAUGAAAAACACAGAGGCCUUGAUGAUUUUUCAUAUUCUGGGUGAAAACCGUAUUCGGUAAUUGUCUUAUUAUUUAUUUAAAAGAUGUAAAGGAUAAUUGUCUUAUUAUUUAUUUAAAAGAUGUAAAGGAUGUUCACAUGCCUCUGUGCGUAAAAAUUCUUCCAAAUAACAACGAAUCCUUUUGCCACUUGCAGAAAAUUCAUGCUCCUUUCUUUGAAAUAUUUGUCAAAAAAUAUUUCAGGACCUUUCCUUUUGUCGCUUUUUUGGUUUUCAUUCAUCUUUAUUUUUUUAAUUUUCAAAAUUCUGCUUUCUCAAAGUCUGCAAGCGACCAAAGGAGAAAUCAGUUUGUUUUUGUUCGUAAAGCCACAUCGUAUUAAUGGCAUGACGUCAUAGGGUCCGUAUUUGCAAUUGUUGACGUCAACGGUGCAAUAAUUUCCACUCAACUGCAUGCACAUUUGGUUUUUCAAAAUCUAAAAUAUUUAAAAGCAACAGAAAACUAAGAGGACGUUAAAAAACGAAAAAGCAAAUAGAGAAUUACGUAGAUCAUAAGAGCUUGCACAUCUUUAAGAAUCGAGAAAGGUAUAUGCUUGCGAAAUAUAGUGUGAGACGUGGGUACUGAGUUGAAAUUUUCUUCGCAUAAAAUUUAAUUGUGUAGUAUGGGAUAAAAACCAAACAUACUUGCAGCGCGGUUCGUCCGGGAUUGACGCACCUCGGAAGGCCGGCAGCUUCCCGAAAUCACCUCGCUUUGCUCGUUGAGUUCGGGAAACAUCCAGCCUCCCUUGGUGCGUCAAUCCCAAAAGAGCCACACUGCAAGUCUGUUUGUUAUGAGCUCACCUUCCCCAAAUCACGGCUGAUAAUCCAGCCUAAUGCAGCCUGGAAUUUCAGGUAUGUUAUCGAGUAUAUUGGUAUUCUGGUAACUCCCUGGCUAGGCCUGAUAGGCUUUAAUAAUUCCGAAUACUACAAAAACCUGAUCCAAGAAUUUGUUUCUUACUGAUAGAAAAUCAGUCGUGAUAACUCUAGCUAUAUUUAAUGAAGGUAUUAGAGGAUUACCCACACGCAAGAUGUGAACUGGAAGGAAAAGCAGUAGAAGUUUUAAAGAAAGAUCAGGAACGCAAAAAAUCACUUUGCCCUGGAGCUACAGCUGCUGAUGCAAGUAAGUUCAAAGUCAUAGAAAUUUUAUUAUUUUUACAAGACAACAGCUUCCAAAUUACAAUCAACUAUAAAUUACAAUCAAACAACUAUAAAUUACAAUCUUAAACCUAAGUAGGAUAUCUAAAAAACGUAACCAGUGUGAAUAUACUUUCUUUGUUGAUUGCAGACAACAAAGUUCAAUCUUCUUUGAACAAGCGUAACAAUGAAUAUAACUGUUUUGUUUUGUGGAAAAAAGCACAUGUAUUUAUUUCGAGAAUGUUUCAAUCGGUAAGCUGGAACGAAAUUUUGCAUGCAAACACAAACAAACGUUCCUGCAAAGCUACUGUUUCCCAAAAAAACAAUACAAGCUUGUUGCACGUCUUUGCAAAUUGCACGAUGAGCAAAAUAAUUCAAGAUGUCAGUUGUACAAAGAGUUGAUGUUUUGAUACAACUAUAUAUGUUGAACAAAUUUGAGAUCCUGUAUCAAGAUACUUGAAAUAGUUUUAGUCCGAUCUUCAAAAAUUUUUCAUAGUUUGAAACGAAACUGAGAAACGAAACGAUAGCCGAAAGGCCGUAUUGGCGUUUUCUCACAUUCUGUAGCUCAAAAAUUGGCUGUACUCUGACUACGAAUUCACUUGUUGUCACGCUUGUACUAUAAACCGGCCUCUAGUUCAGUUCUUGAAAGCCUGAAACCAUAUUCAAUAAAUUUUACAGACAAAAUAACCUGUGUUCUAUAGCGACUUAUUUUCUAAAGAAAGGUGUGAGGUCACCAUCUUAACUCUUUGCAUACUACGCCCGUGAUCACUCACUCGUCAAAACCGGCAAAACACACCCACUUUUUAUAUACAGACUUGUUGUCACUUUAAAGCUGACGGUAUAGGCUACCUACUGUUUGAGGUAUAGUUACAACUCCAACUAAAACAACUAACUAAAAUAACUACAUCACCAAAAACUUGCAAUUACAUGUAAGCGCAGAUACAUGUACGCUUAGCGUACCUAUUUUUGAUAAAAAAAUAAUAUGACUAAGAUAAUAUGAUAUGAAAAAUAAUAUGAUCAGAAAAGUUUAUGAAAAUAAAAAUUUCCACCGCCACCAAAUUACGCUUCUGACACUAAAUAACUUUUAUGAAUAUACUGUGAAUCCUCUAUGAGUCCCACGGGGUCUUGUUUAUUGCACUAGGUUUGGGUGGGGGUCAGUAAUGGAGACAGAAGCCAAAGGGCUUAUUAUAGAGUGGAUUUUGCCUUAUUAUAGAGUGGAUUUUGCCGAAUUGCAGCAUGUAAGCAAAGGCAAAAGACUAACGUAAACUUCCAUGCGAACUCGUAAAUCAAAUCAAUACACAUGUUUCUUUCGACUUAAUUUCCUGAUUUUCCUCCUCUGAAUUUGAAAAGGGAGGCUUAUUUGAGAGGAGCAAAAACUCACCUAUCAUAUUUUAUACAUGCAAACUGUAGGUUCAAUAGAUUGGUUGUGCGCUGACUCAUCAACACUGCUGGAGCAGGUGCGUCAAGUAGAGAUGAAGCUGAAAGAAAAAAAGAUGAAGAGUUUCAAAGAGAAAAUCAAGAGAGAACAAGAAAUCAAAAGCAGGCAACUUAUUAAAUCAUUUGUGCAACAAAAUUGCAGUAAUGGCCAGCAUGCACAGGAAUUCUUGGAAGAACUAGUACAAUCUUCGGAUCGGACAAUAGAAACAUAA